CGCGUCCGUGUCGCCUCGCAACGGCGCGCGGAGAUGACGCAGGAGGGGGCGGGGCCGCACUCGUGCCUCGCGGGCCGCCUCCAUGAGCUGGCGUGUCUGGCCGAAGCUGGCUGCCGCAGCGGGAAUAGCUACGGCCUCCGCCUCCACCGUCGGAACCCGGGCGGCAGGGAUGACAGGACCAAGGCCAGUUGUUCUCAGUGGACCAUCAGGUGCUGGGAAAAGCACCUUGUUGAAAAAACUUCUUGAAGACUACGGCAACAUUUUUGGCUUCAGUGUCUCCCAUACCACGAGGAGCCCGAGGCCUGGAGAAGAAAAUGGCAAAGAUUAUCACUUUGUGACCAGGGAGGAGAUGCAGAGAGACAUCGACGCCGGAGAAUUCAUCGAGCACGCUGAAUUCUCAGGGAACAUGUACGGGACAAGCAAAGCCGCCGUGCAGGCCGUGCAGGCCAUGAACCAGAUCUGCGUGUUGGACAUAGACCUACAGGGGGUCAGGAACAUCAAGAAGACUGAGCUGCAUCCCAUCUAUAUCUCCAUCCAGGCACCAUCCCUGGACAUCUUGGAAAAGAGGCUGCGAGACCGGAAGACUGAGACAGAGGAGAGCUUACAGAAGAGGCUGGCUGCCGCCGCCGCCGACAUGGAGAGCAGCAAGGAGCCUGACUUGUUUGACCUGAUCAUCAUCAAUGACGACUUAGAUGAGGCUUAUCUGACACUGAGGAGGGUCCUGGCUGAGGAGAUCAGGAAGGCCCAGCAGCCCAUCAACUCAUGAAAGGAAACCAGAGGCCAUCCUACUGCCCUCCCCCCACCCCUUUACAUUCCAAGAGACACAUUCCCUUUCAUCUGAUCCCUCCCUACUCCAAACCAUAGAGGAGCCUGUGUGUGCAUCAGCUGGAACCUUGGGCAUCUUGGGCCAGGGCAUAGGUGGGUGACUAUGCAUUUUGGACCCCCACAUCUUCUCCCACCAUCAAGACCCCAUGGGCAUCCUCAGAGCUCCCCUCAAGACCCAUUCAGGGAGAGACUGUGUCCCCAAGGCUCCGCCACCCUCAUUGGCUAAGGCUGGAAACCUCUAGGCCAGGUUGGUGAUGGGCAACUAGCCCUACAAUGGCCUUUGGACCAGGGAGAAGGCAUACAGACCCUACAGAGAAAGGAGACUUCUAGAGGCUGGUGAUCAUUUGAACCCUGGAUCUUUGGAUUCCCAUAUGCCCCUGGCACAAGCCUAACCAUGUCAGGGUAGCAACUUAGAUGACAGUCAGUACUACAGGGCUCUUUGGAUUGAAGGAAAAGAAUCUUGCUGUCCUUUGAUCUCCACAGUGAGUUCUCUGGGGAGUCUGUUCACUCGGGCUCCUCAGGGGAGGGGAAGACCUGCCUUGUAUUUGGCAGCAAAGGCAGCUAGGCAGUAGCUGGCUCACACCACUGCCAUGGCCGCCAGGUUCUGGAAAACAUCCCCUGAGCGGUAAAUCACCCUGGACUGCCAGCCUGACCCUCCAGCUUAGAGGGUACAGUGUAUUUAUGAAUAAUUUGGAAUUUGGGAAAGCACCCUGGGGACCAUUGGGGUCACCCCACCCCACACAUCUGCCCUCACACCUCAGACACUCUGACUCAUUUCCCAAUUCCUGUUAACCCACCGGGACGAUUCGUUACCUGCCCCACCCCUCCCCCACCCCUCAGCAGACUAGAGCAGCCUGAACUGUGUUGAGCAGUACAGCUAGGUGGAGGCCAUACGUCCAGAGGUGACCCUGAGAGCAGUCAUGAUGCUUUGUGUCCCUGGUUCCACAUCACCUUGGUCUCUAAGCUCUGGAUGGUCCUCCUCUGAGCCAAGAACCCAGCUUGUAAUAAAAUAUGUUUUAUUUUAGAAAGGCCUUCUGUCUUUUCCUAGAAAAUGAGCUUGGAGAAUCUAGCAAAGUUUAGAGGCUCCUCCUAAUCUGCCUGUUUUCAUUGCUCUGGGCAUUCAUCCUGAGGCAGAGAAGGGGCUGCCUGGUGUGUAGGCAAGUGAAGGGAUGCAGAAACCCCUGACCCCAGACCCUUUCUUCCCACCACCUUGGGGUGGCGUAGGCUCCCUCUGGGCCUCAGUGAUUUGGUCUGCCUUCUUAAAACUCCAGAGGAAUCCUGAGCACCCAUGUGCCCUACAAAGAAACAGGCCCUAGUACCCCCACACAGGCCAGGCCCCAUGGCCAGCCUGCUUUUUCAUUACCCAGGACCCCGAGGUGGUGGCAAAGGAAGUCUGACCACAGAACAAGCAACCCAAGGCUUUCAUACCCCUCUUGCCCGCAUCUACGGUCUCCCCAUGGAUAUGACGCACAGAGGGGUCUGAGGGCAGGAGCUCAAGGAGGAAGGACUGCUUUCUACAGCAGGAUGGGUGGAGACUUCCUCCCUGUCUGGAGGGCCAGGUCCCAGCUGCUCCCACCUACCCCCCAACUUGGGAUCCUAGGAAGUGAGGACCAGCCUACCUUAUGUAAAGGUCAGGAAUCUUAUAAGCUUAGCCCAUUUUGGAAUCUGAGAGAAAAGUUUGUCUUAAAUUUAUACUUCUCACCCUUAGAUAAUGUUCUAGGAGAAUGUGUCCUCGGCCUCUUCCUUCCCCUCUCUCUAGGGGACACUGAGUCUCUGCUGAGAGCUCCCUGUGUGUCCUGGUCCGCUGGGCUUUGUUGUCGGUAUGAAUGAGUCAUGAGCUGCUGCCCAGCCCUACAUUUGAGAUCCUGUGAAGUCACUAGACCCAUAGGGUCACACUUACAAUGUCUUUCUGGGAUACUAUACAGGAGGCCAUGGUAUCCAAAAAAUUAAAAGGUAAAGGUUACUCAUAGGUCAGUAAAGAGGCAUGGGUGGGCAUGAGCAGGCUGAAAUAGAUCACCAAUGAAGAAUUCCUCAUGUGAAUUAAAUCAACAUUUAUUAAGCACCUACUGUGUUCGUGGCAGGUGGCAAAGUGGAUAGAGUUUCAGGCCUGAAGUCAGGAAGGCUCAUCUUUGUGAGUUCAAAUCUGGCCUUAGACAUUUACUAGCAGUUUGACACUGGGCAAGUCAGUUAAUCCUGUUUGUCUCAGCUUCCUCAUCUGUAAGAUGAUCUGGAAAAGGAAAUGGCAAACCACUCCAGUAUCUUUGCCAAGAAAACCCCAAAAAAGGGGUCGUGAAGAGUUGGACACGACUGAACAACAUAACUCUCUUCAGGGCAUUGUACACUCAGUACUAGGCAUCAAAGACAAAAAGGAAACAGUCCCUGCCCUCGAGGGGCUUGUAGUCUGCUGGAGAGAGAGAGCACACACACAAAUAAACACCAGGUAGGUACAAAGCGUUGUCCAGAAGGGAAAGGGGCUAAUGACUGGGGCAGGAAGGAGGAAGGGGAGAGAGGAGAGGCCCUCAUAUGAGCCAUGACGUCCGAACUGGCUUCUGAAGGAAGUUGAGAGGUCUACAAGGCAGAAGUGAGUGCAUUCCGCAUGAUAUCAAGACCUUGCCAGGAGGUCCACGUGAAGUCUUUCUGGGAGGAUGUGGAUGAGUCACACAGUAUGAGGAGGUGCCCUGUUAGAGGCCGCCAUCCACCUUAGUGGAGUCACAGUUCCAUCCAAGCACAAGUCUGGAGACCAAGCUUGGGACCUUGAUGGCUCAUAGCCCACAACAGACCUGCUGGUGGCUCAGCCGUAUAGGGUAAAGGGCAUGCAAACUCCACCCAGGGGCCCAGGGAUUUCCUAGAGCAUCAUACAUGCUUAGAGUUGGACGGAGUAGUCCUUUCAGAGAAUCAUGUCCAACCGUCCACCCAGUACGGGAAUCUCUGGCAUUUGCACUCUGCCAGAACACUUAGCUGGGAUACUGGUUAGGGACAGGGAGCUCACUCUUCGUCCAGGUAGCUAUUUCGUUUUUGGAAAUGGUUGCAAUCUAUAAAAUGUACUUUGUAAUGUUGGCCUGAGGCCCGUCUGGCUGUAACUUCCAAUUGUUUGGUUCCCUAGAACUCCCCAGAACAAGAAUGACUCCUCUUCCCCUUGAGAUGCUUAUGGACACCUCUCCCUUAAGCCUAUUUCCCAGCGUAAUUCACCCAGAUGCUGAGAGCAUUGUGUAUAUCCCCAUCCUGACUGGCCUCCUUUGAACCAGGUUCCACUGGUCAGCAUCCUUCCUGUUUGGGGGGGAGGGGCAAGGCAGGGCAAUUGAGGUUAAGUGACUUGCCCAAGGUCACACAGCUAGUAAGUGUGUCAAGUAUCUGAAGCUGGAUUUGAACUCAGGUCCUCCUGACUCCAGAGCUAAUGCUCUACUCAGUGUGCCACCUAGCUGCCUCCAGCAUCCUUGCUAAUGCAGGGAACCCAGAGCUGGACCAAAACACUCCAGAUGUGGCCUAACCAAGGCUGCAGACACCAGAUUCUCCCUGACUCUGAGGACUAGACAUCUCUCGGAAGAACUUAAUGCUGUCAGGUUCGACCUUGGCAUCAGUUACACUGCUGACUCUGGUUAAGGGGAGGGACGUGUGGGGAGGAAAAUGAGCGGGCUUAUCUUUCAGGAUAAACUGCCCUCCAUGAAUUUAGGGGUCCUAGGAAAGCUCCAUCUGGCCCCGGACCUUUCCUUCCUUGCUGAAGCCUGAAUGCUUUUCCCCAGAUACUCAGCCUUCCAAAAGUCUAAAAAAAUGAGGCAGGAUGAUUGGGGUAGCAGAAGACCUGGGUUCAAAUGCCACAACUCUGUCCUAGUUCUGUGACUUUAGGCAAGUUGCUAAAUUCCUCAAUGCCUCAGUUUUUUUCCUCUAAAAUAAAAUUUUGAGAAAACUCU